AUGUUUUACCACCGCAUCAAUUACAAUUACCACCUCAAUCCCUCAGACCAAAAAUUCACUACCUAUACACCGUAUAUUAUCACGAGUGAACCUGAUACACAUCUCACCACCACGCAGCCAACCACCGAGGCAAGGCCGGACAAGCACGUUUUCCCGGUCCCCAAAUUAAUCGAGAUCCAACACAAAGAUCGACGCAAGAUGGACGAGUACAUUGCCUCGUUUCCAGCCACCCAACAUGGAUACCGCAUACGCAUUGGCCGAUCACAACCUAAAACCAGUCCCGUAUCUCAUUACGAGUGCUAUCGAUCGGGGUAUCCCAAAGGUAUACCAGCAGCUUUAGGAACAUCGAAGUCUCUUUGUAUAGACUGCCCCUUCAAACUCAGCACUCGAUGGCUCUACGAGCCCUGCAAAUGGAUCCUCAUCUACACUCACCUUGGCCAUAAUCAUCCACCAGAUCCAGAUGUCAAACCUCGCAAAAGGUUUCACGAUCCAAAGGCGAAGCCCAUCCUAGCUCCAGGCGUUGUCAUGGAUGACGAUAAAACCCCUACUUCAACACCCGAUCAAGAUCAAGAAGAACGUCACCCAACUGUUGAACUCGGUCUCGAUUCGAAUGUCUCCAAAGUGCCACAUCCUCAGGACCCAAUGGAAGAACAACACCCGACUGUUGAACUCGGUCUUGAUUCAAAUGUCUCCAUUGUGCCACAUCCUCAAGAACCAUUCGCCUUUGAACCUUGCUCACAUGAUAUCGACCCCUUUGAAACCGUCAUCUCAACGUUAACUGCUCGACUUCGCGCAAUGUCACCACGCCGCAAGCAAGAAAUCCUUAAGAAGAUUGACGAAAUCAUUAACGAUCACAACCAGCCACCUUUCACCAAACCUCUCCCGCUUUCCUUCACCGCCAACUGUGUACCCUCGCCUUCUCAGGCAGUAGACCUUUACCUUCACUCGCCAAAUAAGCCCCAGGGAACAACAGAAACCACAGAAAUUGGAAUGGACCACGCGAUGGAAAAUGAAGAAUCUCAGUUUGAUAAGCUUUUAGACGACUUGUAUGGCCCAUCCGAAGUGACCAACUCGACCUUCAAUAUAGAAGAUCUGCUCAUUUCUCAGCCCACAUUUGAACCAGUGCAAACUUCAGUUUCAACUCCCCCUCUUUGUACUCCUGAUACUCAGCCUCCCAGUGCUCUGGACGCCAACGUCAAUACUGGUGUCAAACCGGACACCUCCACCAUGUUGCAAGAGACCAGUAACACUUCUGCUACACCUCCCGGUCCAUUCACACGCAAACGCGCCCGAGAGGAGGCACUGUUACAGAAGCCGAACCUCGUCAAUCCAACUCUGCCAGCCCUGUUAACGAAAUAUAGUAUUCGUGAUUGGCUGGUGCCAUCCAUUAGUGACAUACGGGAAGUGAAGGCGGAUGGCCACUGUGGUUUCCGCGCGAUAUCAGUUUCACUCGGUCACUCGCAGGACAACUGGUCAGCCAUACGACAGAGUAUGCUAGACACAAUCAACUCUAUGACAGAUAUACUAACACCUCGUACCUUACCUGAACCUCGGGCUCAGGCCUUAGCUCGUCUUGCAACAAACAAACCAAAUGUCGUAUCUGAACAACAGUAUUGGCUUACCAUGCCGGGGUGGGGCGGAAUCAUUGCAACAACUUUUAAUCGCCCGGUUUUGUACUACGAGCCCGGCGUAUCUAACAACAGGAUUUUCUUUCCCUAUCACUCCUCACCCAAUCUAAACCCCCCCAUAGUCAUCAUUUACGCCAAUUACCACUUCGCAUCCGUCCUGCUUGAUUUUACUCUGGCCCAUCUUCCCAUUCCCCGCGUUUGUCCCACAUGGCAACGAUUCGCCAAAGCCGAAGCGUCAGGUUGGUUAGACACGUGGCAGUCUCAUAUCAACGAACACACUGCUUUCCUUAACACCCUCAAGCCACGCACUCGCCGCAAGCAAAAGAACAAAGCGCCGCAAGAGCCCACUGUAGUUUCCGAUUGA